AUGUCAAUAAAAAGUUUACCAUUUCGACUACUUCAAAGACGAGCUUAUACAGCAUUAAGUUAUCACAAAUAUUCAAUCCAAUCCUCAACUGACUCACCCAUUCUAAUUUGUCAUGGUUUAUUUGGUUCAAAGCAGAAUUGGUCAUCACUGGGAAAGGCCCUAAGUAGUCGACUUCAUCGAGAUGUGUAUACGAUUGAUCUUCGUAAUCAUGGAGCUAGUCCUCAUCAUCCUGUACAUACUUAUAAAGCCAUGGCAGAAGAUGUUAUUCAAUUUAUGCAAAGUCAACAAUUACAUGACCCCAUCUUGAUUGGACACUCCAUGGGUGGCAAAGUGAUCAUGGCUACUGCUUUACAACAUGCAAAUCAAGUUUCCAAAGUGAUUUCAGUCGAUAUGCCGCCUGUAGCCAUCCAACUUGCCUCUGAUUUUGAAAGAUAUAUAAAGGCCAUGAAAGCUGUAGAGGAGGCACGACCGAAACGGCAAAUGGAGGCAGACGAGAUCCUGAAGGAGUUUGUACCCGACAUCGAUAUUCGUAUGUUUUUAUUAACAAACCUGAAACGUGAUCCUCACGAUAAAGAAGGUGUGAUGCGCUUUCGUAUUCCAUAUGACAUCUUGGGUCAAUCAUUAGGGGAAAUCAGUGGCUUUGACGUCAUCCUAAAGGACGAAGGUGGUCAUUAUGAAGGUCCUACUUUGUUUAUUGCUGGUGGAAAUAGUCCUUAUUUAAAACCCUUUACAGAAAAAGAAAGUGAAAUUAAAGCCUUGUUUCCAAACUCAAAGUUAGACAUUAUAGAAAAUGCAGGUCAUUGGGUUCAUGCAGAAAAGCCUGAACAAGUUUUGAGCUCCAUCAUAUCAUUUAUUAAAGAAUAA